AUGCCUAUGAAAUUGCCCAAGAGCUUUACCAGGCGAAAAUCGUCCGGCAACGUUAUAGAAGACGUGGAAGCCCCUCACCAGCCCUCUUUUCGAGUCUUCGAGCGCCCGGGGCCUCAUCGAUCAAUGACGGAUGGAGCGGCGCUGACCAAGCCGCUGAGCGAGGGUAAUAGGGUGCCGACAAUGGUGGAGGAUUCUGAUAACAUCUUUGCGGAGAGGGAGCGACCCCUGGACAAGAGCCGGUAUGACCGUCCUUCGACCAUGGAUUCUCUCAGGAGACGGCUGACUGGGAAUCGUGAUAGUGGUAACUACGAAAGUUCUACGUCAACCAGGCUGAGCUCGUCAUCCACCCUUCCAUCAUCGACCGAAGUACCGCCGCCCGAUGAUACCCAAUCCCCACAUUCCAGAAUCCAUGAUGUUCCAGCCCCACCACACCUAUCGAGUGCAUUGCGUGCCGCAGGACGAACUUUCUCGUUCGGUGGUCGAUUCAGCAAGUCAGGACCCGUGGUCCCACGACAACAAACACCAGAUACCUCAAGGAAUCGCCCGGUGACGGGCAACACUGACAGCACGGCCACUCCACCCAAGCUUCCCGAUACAGACUUCGCUCUUAGCUCACAUGACGACUUCAACAAGAUGUUUGACAAUCUGGGUGCAAAUUCAGCAACGCGGGGGCCAUCCCCUAAACCGGCCAAGGUAAGACUUGCAAUCGCAAUGGCUUGUCCAGGCAAGGAUGCAGUGCUAAUAGUAUCGCAGUAUUCCUCAUCUCCCCCGACGCAUGUUCUGCCCCAGUUCCAAAACAGCAGGGCUGCCGCACCUGCCGCGAUUAAUACGGAUCGAUCGACUGCUGUCGAGUCACCCCCUUACUCCUGGGAUCGUCGCCCAUCCGAGGAGGGCUUGCUACGUGGGCCGCGUUCUCCACCGCUGAAUCAGAGCCAAUCGACCCUUGAUACAAUUGUUGAUCUCCGGAAGCUUUCGGCGUCUCCCAAUCAGGUUACCGAUGCCACUACUUCACAUCGUUCCUUGGAGCGCCCACGUGGAACGGAGAGAGCAGGGCUGCGGAGGAGUGGGGUAUAUUCGCCCAAGGGGGAAUCCACACCCUUUGACGAUGAAGAUGCCAAAAUGGUCCGACAAUCUGUCAUGUGGACCAAAGAAAAUACCUCGCCAUGGGGUGAGGGUAGCCCAUCUGGGGGAACCCCAUUGAUUGAUAAGGGGAAAGCACCCGAUCACUCUGGCCAAAGGAACCCAGAAGCUGAUAAUAUGUUCCAAUACCGCCGUUCGCCCCCUCCCGCCGACAGAUUGGACCCCUCUAUUGCGGAUCACGCACGAUUGGCUGUGCAGUACGCAGAUAGUCUCCCCAAGUCAACUUCUCCGGGUAACAAGGUGAUGACGCCAUCUCAGUUCGAGCACUAUCGCAAGCAACAAGAACUUCGACGUUCCAAUAGCAAUGCGACUAAGAGUGAUCAAGAUUCCGAUCAUGAGUUUGAAGAUGAAGAAGAUGAGGUGGAGAAGCAACGUGAAACAGAACGUCAACGACGAAAGCAGGAAGCUCAUCUAUCUGUGUAUCGUCAGCAGAUGAUGAAAAUCACAGGUCAGCAAGCACCUGUGCAGUCGUUACGUCCGGUCAUGGGCGGACCGAGCAGCAGCACGCCCAAUUUAUAUGCCAGUCGCCUGUCUGUGCUAGGUGAGAAGUCCACCAGUGGGAAGAGCAGCGAGGAGGAGGAUGACGAUGUGCCACUUGGUAUUUUGGCCGCGCACGGUUUCCCUACUCAGAACCGCCCACCAACCCGUCUAAACAAUGUCAGCUCCAAUCCCAACCUUCGUGCAUCCAUGCAGCCGCCGUAUAUAUCAUCUUCCAGCUCUGUUACUGGUGCCGAUCCCAACGGCAGUCGGGGCAAUCUGCCACCCUUUGCAAGGAACUUGCCGCGGGACCCUUACUUCGGUGCAGGUUUGGUCAACAACUCUAACCGUGAAUCGCUGGCGUUUGGAGGCGGCUCGGUAUAUGGAGGAUCUUCGUCUCCCGGACCUCCCCCUGGAGGUCUUGUUGGUGUUAUAGCAAAUGAGGAACGGGCGCGGGCGAUGCGUAGAGGAAGCCCAAACACGCAAGCAAUGCAUGAUAUGGGAGGAGUUCCUCGGCCAUACUCGAUGAUGCCUCAGCAAAACGUUACCCCUGGGGAACAAGCUUCUAUCCAGUUAUCGCAGCAGAUGAACAACAUGAUGCAGAUGCAAAUGCAGUGGAUGCAGCAGAUGAUGCAAAUGCAAGGUGUGCAGGGCCAACCUAUGAUGCAAGGCAUGCCCAUGCCUCCUAUGAUGAUGCCUGGUGGAGCUAUGGCCAUGCCUCCCAUGGGCCCUCCUUCCAUAUCAGGACCCCAGUCCAUGGUUGGCAACCCGAAUUUCCGGCCAAUGUCCAUGCCAACAUCCGCUCUCAAUAUGCCGCCCCCGCUUUCACCUCACAUCGAUCAGCGUACGAUGAGCAUGUUGGACCCCAACAUUUCAACUCGCAGAACUGGCUCACCCAUGCCAAAUUUGACCGGCACCCCAUUCCGCCCCAACACUGGAUAUGCUGCUUCAAUCGCUCCGUCAGAGCGUAGCACAGUGGGCAUGGCGCCUCGUUACCGGCCAGUAUCAGUGAUGCAACCCGAAUCGAAUUACGCAGUGGCAUCCUCAACGAAUAAGGCUUUUGGUAACGAAAACCAUAACCCGUCCAUGUCUCAGUCGCAGAUUCCGAAAUCGCAUCUCGCUACUGUGACCGUCCGCCCCGUUUCACGUUCAGGCACUGGCGUUGCAAAUGGAAAGUCCGGUUCCGAUGAUGAAGAGAAUGACGACGAAGCCUGGGCUGACAUGGUGAAGAAACGCGAGAAGAAGAAGAGCAACUGGAAGUUGAAGCGAACAACCUCUUCGUUCGGGGAUCUGCUGAGUGCCGUGCACUAA